GGAUUCCUCUAUUAUUCAUGGUAUGACUAUUAUAUUUCAUGGAAAUUUAUAUAAAUGUGUGUGACAGAUCUCCAAUUUGAAAGUCAUUACAAACUCUGGGCCUACAGGAUGAGUGUGGUUGACUGGCAGUAGAACAAUAAUUUCAUCAGCUUUGGAACAAAUUUGUCACUAUGUAGCACAAGAUUUGACAGCUGAGCAUCUAGUGGAAAGGACACAGGGUGGAUGAGGACUAAGUGUUGUAAACCAUGAAAAUGACCAAUCUUACUAUAGGCGAUGACUUCAGUGAUGCAAGUCCCCUAUCUGAGCUGAUGGAGUACCGUGAAGCCCCAUCCAGUCCUGGGGCCUCCAGUGUCCACUCCCUCAACAUGGACAACAUGGACCCCACAACUCCAGAUUCGCCCCCUCCCAUACCUCCUCAGGAAAUGGAUGACGAGCGUCUUCCCAAUGAACUGCUUGAUGAGAUAUGCGAGGAUAUAGGAAUGAAGGAGGGCAUGGAGCUGGACUUUGUGGAGUUCCUUAUGGAACAGGACAUGGUAGAUCCACAGGUGUACAUGACACCAGAAGCGAUUCGUAACACGCUGGCCUCCACAGCAUGUACAUCCGUGUCACAAUCGGCUGUUUUGUCCACACCAAAGACUGAGAUUGUGAAUAACCGUACAUGUGGAAGUCCUAACACAACAUAUUCUCAAGCAUCUACCACAAACUGUACAGUGGCGACUUCCAGUGGGUCAAGUAGCCCUGCUGCGAAACGUUUCCAUGCAUCAACAUCUGGACCAACGAGCCCAGUGAGGGUAAAUGCCCCAAUAUUGCCAUCGGAAAUGUUUAAAGCACCACAGACACCUCCUACCCCUAGGAGACCGUCCUCGCAAAGCAUCGCAUCACCCAGCAUUUCUAGCACCCAAGGCCCCCAGCAUUCACCCCUACCCCCACGCAGUGUGUCCCCUCAGACUACACAGAACACUGUGCCAUCCUCACCUUCACAGAAACAACCUCCAUCCUAUAGUCAAAGCAUGUCCCAGAACAACAUGUACAACCAGACAGGAGUUCCUCAGAUGAUGCCUCAGAAGGGUGGUGUUCCUCCAGGUCUGCAAAGGCAGGGUGGGGUACCCCAUAACUACCAACGUCUGGGCCGCCCUGCCCCACCAAAUGUCAAUGUCCAGAACAUGCAGACACCACACAGCACAUACCAACAACAGAAAUGGAACAUGUGUGACUCAGGUCCAAUGACCAACCAAGCAUGUUCUAUGGGUAACAUGGGACGGCCUGGAUUCCCCCCACAAACACAACAGUAUGGAAGACCUCUCGACUCUCCACUUGAUCAAGGAUAUUUCUCUGGGGAUACAGCUAGUGUCCGUAGUUAUGGUUCCUCCUCCGUGUCAUCGACAGUGCCAUCGUCAGUGUCACAUAAUGUGGUCAGUGACGUACAGAAUUCUAUGCAUCUACGACAGGGUCCCCCUAAUCAGGGUCCAGGUUGUGGUCAGAAAAGUGUUCAUUUUGCAGAUCUACCUGGUGAUCAAAACGUGCCUCCACUGCAACGACAACGCUCCAAUGACAGUAUGGGGUAUGGUCAGGGGUACGAUCCCAGUGUUUCUUCAGACUGUGAUGUAGAAAGUGAAUUUAGGGACCCCAACCAUAGGGGAGCCAUGAACUCCAAUAAGAUUUUACCUCGUCUAACACCAAGCAUGAAAUCUGAAAUAGCACCAUAUACAGUGCCGGGUGUGAAUGGACAGGUGGCUAUGAGUCCGUACAGGUAUGAUGGUCGUAGUAACAGCCGCCCAAACAGUGGUGAUAAUCCUAUGGCAUCUAUGCAACAGUUUGAGUUCCCUCCUCAGCAUAAGACUGGUGAUAUGUGUGGAGUAGACAAUAACCAGAACUCCAUGCAUCUCAACAAUUUUAAUAAUUCUGUGAAUAGUAAUAUGAAUACUUCUAUGAGUAAUAAUGUGAACAAUUCUAUGCAACAACCAAGUGGUGAGAUUCCUGAUCCGGAUUUCCGUGUGUCGUGUUCUGGAGGUGCGCCCAUUGGGAUGCAGCCUCUUUCUCACUUUGAAGGGAAUCAGGGGCAGUAUGGCAUGCAGCAGCAAGGGAACCUUCCUGGAAGGGGUCAGAUGUAUCCAAAUUCUUUACAGGAGACAGAUCAUUACAAACUUAAUGCCAAUAUGACUAAUCCUAACAUGGAAAAUUACUGUGAUAAUGGGUUUAGAACCUCCCAGGGUCAGAACAUGAACUCAAGUUGUGGCAUGAUGAACCAGGGUACACCUAAAAUAAUGGGUGGGCCCCAGGUGAGCUCCAACCCAGGGACACCUCAAGGUAUGAUGGGUCAGCAACAGGGUCAACAGCCAGGUUUCCAACGGCCAAACUUCAUGUCAGGGGUACCGUGUGGCAAUAAUACGCCACGGCCUCUACACAUGAAUGCCAUGACCUCCAGUGCUCAGAUGAUGCCACCAAAUCAAGGAGGCAUCCCACCAGAAUACAGCCGUUUACAGGGUGUUCCUGACUCUAUGAACAAUAAUCCCAUGUACCAGAACUCUCAGCCACAGCCAAGUCAGGCUAACAUGGGACCUGGUACAGGCAACAACCCAGUCUGGACAGGUGCCACUCCACAGACUCCUCAACCUCAUAUGGGUGUGCAUCCCAAGGUGCCCCAACAACAACACCCAGGCAUGGGGGGCAUGCCCAUACCAGGCACCCCAGGAAAUCAGAAUCCCAUGCAGGGUGGGGCAAUGCCCCAGUGUACAACACCAAACUGUCAGAGUUGUAAGACAGGCUCCCCUCAUCGCCCACCCAUGCUCGCCUCACAACAGACUUUCAUUCAACACCUCAUCACAGACAGAUCUAACGCGUUCAGGUCUCAUCCACUCUUCCCAUUACUACGAGAUCUCAUCAUUGCAGACAUGAAUUUCAAUUCCCCUUCCUUUCCUUACCAACUCAUUAGCAACUUGCCUGCAGAAUUUGACAAAUUGUUACAAAACUUUCUUCAUCGUAAUCCUCCGUCCGGAAAUUAUCAAACAAACUUUUCUGUGGAAAGUGUUGUGAUGGAUGCUCUGAAAUAUGCUCACACGUGCCUUAUAGAAAAAAUCCGAAGUCGCCAAGAACAAGAUAAGCACACGAAAAGUACGUCCAAAUCUUUGAGUGCUAUUGAGGAGUUUUGUGAGAAGUUCGACCGGUCUGUACGCAAUACCAUCAUCAAGCCUGCGACAUUCCAAGUGCCAAACCAUACAAGUGGUGUCACAUCAACAAGCAUGGCCGGUCAGCCGAUGGAUGGCGGGAUGACUCCAACCAUGGGUACCCCCCAGAAAGGCCUAAACGACAUGAUGAUCCAUGGUGACAUAUUUUCAUCACCUGCCGCAAAGAAGGGUUUGGACCUGGUAGGGAUGGCUUCGCCUCAGUUUAAGUCCCUGAGGGAUUUAUCAGACUGUAACGACAGUGGGAGUAUGGUCAGCAGUAGUAGUCAACAUUCGAUCAAGUCCGAGUCCAAGAAACAUCCCAGUCUUCCUAAAGAGGCUGUUGCGAUCAUGUUGGACUGGCUGAGACAGCACAAAGACAACCCCUACCCUAACGAUGAUGAGAAAGCAAUGCUUAUCAAACAGACAGGGUUGACAAUAAACCAGAUCAACUAUUGGUUUACCAACGCCCGACGCAGAAUUCUCCCUAAAUGGGCACAACAAUGUAAAUAGCACCAGGGAGCUAGAUAUAACUCAGCAUAAUAGUACUACCCAAGUCUAGAGGACGACGUAGGAGGAGGGCCUUCUCCUGAACAUAGGACCCGCACUUCCCAAGUCGGUAUCUUCCAGGUCCAGGUCCAAAUCAGUUGUGUAUGAUCAUAUCCACGGAUUUCUGGAUAAAGAUCCUUCCAAGUAGUUGGUGAUUAAGAACCUAAAUAACUGUUGGAAGGAUUGUUGUGUCAUGGACAUAAGUUAUCUAUCUCAUCAAGACCACAAACUUGUACCACUGAUUGACAGGAGGGAACUCUAAAAUCGGACAAGAUAGAUGCUGUUCAGUCAUAAGGGUCACCAAUCUAGUGCUGGCUUAAACAGGCCUUAAAAUAGGCCUUAAACAGAGCCCCAGCCGAUCAGGAAUGUUUUUGGUUUUUAAGUGUGUAUGUGAGACCAAGCAACAACAUUGCAUGAUCAGCCAUGGAAAAUAUUUCCAAAUUUUAUCUCAAACCAAAAAUGUGUGAUAUGUGUAUUUGUGUGUUCAGCACAGACUUGUGUGAGUAGUCUCACAAUUAUAUAUAUGUGUGCCAGUCAACAUACCAAUUAUCUCACACAAGUUAACAAGGCAAAUAUAUUUUAACUUAUCUUAAUGUAUUUGACAAAAUUGGGAGUUUUCCAUGACGAUUUGUCAAGUUUUCAGGGUUAGUGCUUGUAUUACAGUUCAGACAUCAGAUGUCUUAUUUGUUGUUAAACAGGAAACAACAAGAAAUGUUAAGAAAAUUAUGAAAUUGUUGUCAUGAACAGUCACAUUUAUUGAUGCAUUUUGAUAAAAUAAUUAUUUAUAAAACGUACGGAAGUGAGUGAAAGAGUGAGUGAGUACAUACUAUGCAUUUUUUAAAAAGACUAGGUAGUGAUUUUAUUGUUAUUAUUUCAAAACUAAGAUUAAAAUGUUGAAUGUCCAUAAGAGAAAGGACUCUAAUGCAAUAUAAUGUAAUUCCCAUUUUUAUAGACAAGGGGAAAUAACUCUAUGAGGACAAUAAUGGUCGUGAUUUUAUUUUAUAUUUUAAUCACUUUUUAAAAGUAAUUGAUCAUCUAAAUUUUCAUCCCAUUUCAACAAUUGUGUUCAAAACAAAAGCAUUAUUUUCAUUUCCAUUUUCAUCAUGAUAUAACACUGACCAGUCUGAGGUUGAUGUAUAGACUAAGGUAAUGCCAAUUGACAUUUCAUAAUUACAAAAAGCUAAAUUAAAUGCUUGUGUACAUUUUUAACAUCUCAGGGAUAUAAGAUUUUUUGUUCUGUUUGAUAACUAAAAGAGAAAAAUGUUAAUAUACAUAUAAUUUCUCGUAAUCAGAUCUGUCUCUUAGCAUCAUAUGGAUCUAUUGCGCCAAAAUCUCACCAAUUAUUAAAACCCAAACAUUUUUACGUGAAGUUUAAACGCUUGUCCUUGUAUAACUACACCUUGAAAUAAAUGAGCUUUAAUUUUAUAGCAUGCUGGAUCAUGUAGAAGUCCUCAGUAUUGUGAGUUAGAGCUCAUUGUACAUUGAUGACAGUGCCUUCUGUUGAAGGGAGAGAACUCUUGUUUAUUGUAUAUAGACACACGUGUUCCCCCCGUUGAUGGCGACAUGAGAAUUUUAUUCCCCACGUUCCCAUGGUGUACUCUGUAUAUAUAAAAAGCAUGACCACAUGUAAAAAAAAAACUUUUUAUGACUAGUGUGUUUUUAUGAUAUAUAACGUUACUUUGUUUUAGAAGCAAUAUACUUGAUAGUUGAUAUGAACAAUAAAAAUCACAAUGUGAUAUAUAUUUAUAUGUAUAGAUGUUUGUGUCAAGACUUUGCAUAGAUGAAAUAUAUUUCAUAUCCUACAUUUAAUGUCUACUUCAGCAUAAACCCCUCUGGCUUUAGCCUGGCAGGUCUGUCCAUUAAAUUUCCGCCCAAAUAUGGAGGCCAUUCAGGCUUCUCUUAUAUCUGAAAUUCUUAGCAUCAAUAAUUUUCUUAAAUGUUGGCAAGUCAUCUUUAUUUGAAAGAUCAUCUCUGUCUUGACUUAGUUGGCUUGAACAAUUGUGCUUAAGAUAUAUGAUUAUAUAGAUGACACAAAUCUAUUUUGAGCUCUGCAAAUAUCAUAUAAAGAUAGGUUAGAGAUUAUCUAGACAGAAGACAAAGAUUACCUAUUGACUAGAACUUGAGAUUUGGAUGAUGAGGUGUUAAACACAGUAUUGAUGAAAGCUUUAUUCCAUUGGUAACCAAUACAUUUUAUCAGAGGUCUAGCUUUAAAAUAUUGUUUUAUGUUCAAAAUGUAUGCAUAUAUUGACUUUCAAUUGAUAAAAGUUUUAAACUCUGACUGUACAUAAAUUUCCUAAGAUAAAUGUGGUGAUUUCACUGAUUUCAGUUUAUUAUCUGGCACAAAAUAACCUGGUAUAUGUACUUAGCACAACUUGACAAUGAUCCAUUAAUGAGAGGAAUGUGUGUCAAGUUCCUGUCAAUACUAACGUGCAAUUAAGUUACUAUGAAAUAUAUUGAAAUAACAAAGCUGUUACCAAAUAUUUCAUAUCCAAAAUAAUUAAAUGGUUUAAAGGACGAAAUAUAAGCACUUUUACUAUAUUAACGAAGCAACUAGGUAGUGUUUGAAAGAGGUUGUAACAACUACAUUUGUGUACACGUGUGCCUUUACAAAAUCCUAUUUCGUCCAGAUGGUUUUAUGAAAUUAUCCAAUAGAAAUUCAGUUGUAUCUAAUAGAAGACCAUUUAGAACAUUUUGAGAUUUUAUGUUAAAAGACAUUUUGAGUUGUUUUGAAUCAAAUUUAUCAGAGACAAUGAAAUCCGGUUGUGGUGAUUUGUUGAGUAGCUAGUGAAUGGCUUUAUAGCAUUAUACAGGGAAUUGUCAGGCAUUAAUGCUCUAAGCAUAGGUUUGUAUUUUUAUGAUGAAAGUAUAUAGCCAUCUAUUUUGACCAUUUUUUUUAGCAUAGACUAGCUGAUCGUUUAUACAUAGAACCAAAGAUAGAGUUUAUCACCGUGUGAAGUCGAUUUGUGGGGUAGUGAGUUGUAAGCAUGCUGUUACAAGACGGGUGACAACCAGACUAGAUAUCUAUUCAAUGGAUAUUUUGUGUGUACCUUUGAUAUGUUUUCUUUUUCAAAAAUGUGAAUGAUUAUACGUUUAUUUGAUAUCUUCCUAGCUUAAAAUCAAGGCAAAAUGGCAGAUGCAAAAUCGCAACAGAAAAGAACAAGGCAACAUUCAUAUUUACAUGUAAUAUAUAUUUUCCUCAUUUUUCUACAAGUAAUAUUUUUUUCUAUUUAAUUUAAAUUUGACAGAUAAUGAUAGUUUUAUGAAAGUUUUUUUUUUCUCUCUCUCUUUCUCAAAUUUCAACCCCCCAAAAUGUUUCAUAUUUUACAGAGGCUGCAGGCAAUACCCUAUAUGUUACAUUUACUAUCCUUUAUUUUCCAAUGGCAUUUUCUUCUCUCUUCUAUCCUUUCUAGAUAUUUAUAUAUAGAAUUAGUAACCCCCUCCACAAUUUCACAACACGAUGUUAUAUAACUGAUAUUUAGAUAGAUUGUGGAAGGAGGAGCCAGGAGAGCUGGUGUCGGUAAUAUCCAGUCGUCUCAAUGAUCUUUGUACAUGUCACUGUUUUACAUAUCUCCUCCAGGCAAGGUUCAAUUUCAAGUAAAGAGGUGCAUUGAUUUUUUGUUUGUUCAAUAUAUGUUCUGCUAAGUGUAUCUCGACACAUGGAAGAUAUGUGUUAAGAUGUGUGUGAUGUAUGUGUGCUAAUUCCAUGUGUGUCAUGUAGGGUAUAUACAUGUGUAAUGGUUGUGUGAUGUGGUGUACAAAGUUCUGUCACAUUUUAAACAUAAGAUGAGGCAAGAUAUAUGCGCCUGCUGUUUAUACUUUUUACAAGAUAGAUGACUACAAAAAUAGUGUAAACUGCAAUUAAUAAAGCUAUAUUUUUAAACCUAAA